CUACCGCCAUACCGAACGCAUCAAGAAUAAAUAUCCGAUACCGCGAAUCGUGGAGGAACCGGGUUCGAAGCCGACCUUGCGAGCACCAUAUCGGCUCAGCCCUACGGAGCUGACUGCCAUGAAAAAACAGAUCGAGUAUCUCCUAGCCAAAGGACUCAUCCGACCAUCCACUUCGCCGUACGGUGCCCCAGUACUCUUCACACCGAAACCGGACGGAAGCCUGCGCAUGUGCAUCGACUACCGAGCUCUUAACAAGCAGACCAUCAAGAAUAAAUAUCCGAUACCGCGAAUCGAUGACCUGCUUGACCAGCUUCGGGGAGCUACGGUAUUUUCGAAACUGGAUCUGCGGUCCGGAUACUGCCAGAUACAGAUGGCGGACAACUCUAUCCUCAAAACUGCUUUCCGAACUCGGUAUGGAUCGUACGAGUAUUUGGUAAUGCCAUUCGGACUCACCAAUGCACCGGCAGCAUUCCAAGCCGAAAUGAACCACAUUCUACGACCACUUUUGGACGAGUGCGUGGUGGUGUUCCUGGACGACAUCCUCAUCUACUCACGCGACAUGAAGCAGCACGUCGAACACUUGCGACGCGUCUUCGAAUUUCUUCGACGAGAACGAUUCUACGUCAAACAGUCCAAGAGCGAAUUCGCCCUCGAGAAGGUCCAUUUCCUAGGACACAUGGUGAGCGCUCAAGGAGUUCACGUUGACCCCAAGAAAAUCGAAGCCGUACGUACGUGGAAGAUGCGUGAGAACGUGAAGGAGUUGCAGCAGUUCCUAGGCUUCGCUAAUUAUUACAACAGGUUCGUGGCACAGUAUGCGAAACUCGCAGCACCACUCACGAAUGUGCUGAAGAAGAACACGCCCUACAAAUGGGAGCCAAAGCACCAAGACGCCAUGGAGCAGCUGAAACAAGCACUCACGUCCGCACCAGUACUCAUCUUGCCAGAUCCCGAACGCGACUACGUCAUCGAAGCUAACGCCAGUGACCAGGCAGUGGGAGCAGUCUUAAUGCAAGACCAAGGAAAUGGACUGCAACCAAUCGCCUACCUCAGCAAGAAACAGCACGGGGCAGAACUAAACUGCCCGAUACAUGACAAAGAGGCCCUUACCAUCGUCAUCGCCUUCAAAGCGUGGAGAUGUUAUCUCGAAGAACAAAGAACAACCGUGUACACCAACCACUGCAGCCUGAAAUAUUUGAAAACACAACCCAACCUUUCCAGGUGGCAGGUCCGGUGGAUCGACUUCCUCGAGACACACUUCCACUACGACAUCGCGGGACUACUGCAGCCUCUUCCUGUCCCAGAACAACCACGGCAAGUGGUUAGUCUGGACUUCAUCACCGGGUUACCACCUACCACCAGCGGUCAUGACGCCAUCCUUGUCGUCAUCGACAAGUUCUCCAAAAUGGGACACUUCAUCCCGACACACACGACAGCACGCACCGAAGAAACAACACAACUCUUCAUUCGAUACAUCAUCUCACAGCAUGGCAUUCCAACCACACUCAUCUCCGACCGAAACCCCAAGUUCACCAGCAGGUUCUGGAAGGAGCUUAUGUCUAUCCGCGGGACCAAACUCGCCAUGUCAUCCGCUUACCAUCCGCAGACAGAUGGACAGACCGAGCGCCUCAACCAGAUUGUUGAGCAACUCCUCCGAGCAGCCUGCAAGGAUGAGAUCUCCAAAUGGGACCUACACCUGCCCGUUAUAGAGUUUGCUUACAACAACGCUACACAUGCCGCUACUGGACAGACGCCGUUCUUCCUCUGCUACGGACGCCACCCAGUCACAGCACAAAAACCGACAGCAUCAGCUACAGUCACUCCUGUUACCUUCCGCUUACGCCUGCCAGCUACCUGGAAGAUUCACAACGCCUUCCAUGUCCAACUUCUGAAGCCCUAUCGGGAUCCGAACACGCUCUUCGUCGAACGCCAACCGCCGCCGCCGCCGCCCGUCCUCGUCCAGAAUGAACCCGAGUACGAGGUCGAGUCCGUGCUUGCACACCGCCGUCGUCGGAAUGGCACCGUGGAGCUUCUCAUCCGUUGGAAGGGUUAUGAUCCUUCUGAGGACAGCUGGGUACCUGAGACCGACAUGGGUAACGCCCGUCGUCCUCUGCAUGACUACCUUGUCAAGCAGGGUGUUACUUCUACCACCCAGCUUUGAGGGGGGGAAGUGUGAGCGUACGAC